AUGCUUCACAAUUUCGGUGGUGGUGAAGAACAAGCAUUAACUGCAAGAAGCCAAGGAGCUUUUUCUUCGAUAACAAGAGACAGCAAAUAUAGAGGAAAAUACAAAAGUGUGAAUCCACGGAGCAGAACUUUGCAGGAAAAAUUGGAAAGUGAACUGUAUAAAUUAAACGGCUGCACCGAUUUCUCAUUUGCCCCUACACUUUGUGAGAAGAGUGUAAAAAUCCACACUUCCAACAUGAGAUCCCAAACAGUGGAUAGAUUUGUGCAGAAAGAACACAAAAAUAAAAAGCAAUUCAAAGUAAAAAGCUGAAUUUUUCAGCCGACUAUUGGAACAUUAAGACAGAGGCAGUCAAUGUUUAUACAAAAAUCUCUUCCGAUGAGCGUGGAUGUGAGAAUAAAUGAAAAUGAGAUGGGGAGAUCUGUAAAAAAAUUCGAAAUCACCAAAAGUUUUUCUGUUGAUAAAAGCUUGGUUUCUAAAGAUGAAAGCGAUUUUUUAAGUCGAAGCUUAUUCCACACCUCCGUGAGUGAACAAAACCAUUAGAAAAAUCGCUAUUUUUUGCCCAAAAACCCACCCUCUAUGAGCGAACAGAAAUUUUUUUAAUAGAAAAAUUUUUUAUGGAAAAAAAAUUUGAUAUAUAAAUGAUAAUUAUUUUAAUGAAAUCUAGAGCUAAUUCUGUUUAAUUUUUAAAACAAAUUGCUUUUUAAAACAUAAAUUUUAUAAAUUAAAUUAAUAUUUGCUUUCCAAUUUUUGUGAUUUAGGAUUUUUUAAAUCUCGAAAAAAAUAUUUUUUAUAAAAUUUAUAUAUAAAUUUUUGUAACAAAAAAAAUUUAACAUCCCGUGAUUGAACAAAAUUUUUUGUUCACACACGGAGAGGGGGGGAGUUAGAUGACGUUAGUAAAGAACUUGGCAGGCGUCCCAACGAAAUUGUUGAUUUCGAUAAGGCAAAUGGAAAAAUCCAAGAGAAAAUUGAAGAAGAGAAAGAGGCUGAGGUAGAAGUUGAAAAGAAACCAAAUGAAAUUAUUGAAAAUCAUAUCAAUAGAGCUCAAGAAGAAAAAGUUGAGUUAGAGAAAAUUGAAGAAAAGGUAGAAACAAAAGAAAAAGAAGAAAAUAAGAAGGAAGAAAGCAAAAAAAUAGUAGAAGAAGUCAAAGAGGACGGCCAAGUGCUGAAAUCAAAAAGUCUAUCGAAAAUAAGUUUUUCUGCGAAAGAUAAAAAGCUAAAAGACACAAGGACAGUUCAAAAGUCGAAAACCAUUGCUAUGAAAGCAGAUAAUAAGCUAAAGAAAGCAGCAAAAGAUGAGCUAAAAGUAAAUAAAGAGGAGACCAAGCCAGCAGAGGUACCUCAAAUUCCACCUGAAAUAGCACCUGCAGAUGCAAAAGUUCAAGAGAAGAAAGUUGACUUCAAAAUUGCUGAUACGGAGCCAAAAGCUGAAGAUAAGCAGCCAAAAGGAAAAGCUGCACCUGAACUGAGAGAAAUAAAAGAAGAUCUAAAAGAGGAGAAGCCUCAUGAAGAAAACGAAGCAGAUAAAACAGCUGAAAGCAAAACAAAACGUUCCCCAAAGAAAAUUGCUAAGUCAAAGACUGUUAAGCCAAGAUCAGGAAGCAUAAAAUCUUCCAAAGAAGGGCAAAGCUCAGAAUCCACUCCAAAGAAUGAUAUAGAAGAAUCCAAAAUCGGCAAAAAAGUUGGGAUAAAAAUCCAAAAUAUUGGAGAAUAUGAAAAAUUGGGAAAGUCUCAAAGUCUUAGCAAUAUAUCAGAUCUUACAACUGGUAGGACUUCUAUCCCUGAAAAGCAGGCUGAGCCUAAUAAUGAAAUUGUGAAAAACAAGGAAGAACUCCACGCAAAUACUGAUGAGAUAAUAAUGGUUAAAAGCUUGGAUUUGAUAAGAGCUCAAUCAGAAAGUGCAGAAAUUAAACAAGAAAAGGAAUCUACUUUAAAAAAAACACUAAAUACAGCUACAGAAGAAAAGAAAAAAACUCGAGGUGAAGCAAAGCAUAGCUCCUUGGUAAGCACGCAAAAAACUACAAAAACAAUUAAAAAAUCAAAAUCUAAUGAAAAAAUUACUACUAAAAAAGAAAUAAAUGCUGAAGCAGAGCAAAACCCUGAACCAAAAGUUGAGGAGAAAAAAGAAGAAUUAAUAGCUACUGUAAAGCAAGAGCCAGUUGCUACAAAAGAAGAGGUCAAGAUUGAAGCUGCUCCAAUAAACCCUGAAGAAGAAAAACAAGAUAAGCCAGCCCCUAAAAAGAAGCGGAAAUCCAAUUCUUCUUCAACGAUCGAAGAGCAGCCCAAAGAAGAGCAAAAAUCUAAAAAAACUCCAAAACUUAAACAUAAAACAGUCCCAAAAUCUCCUGAGCCAGAGUCUGCCAAAGAAGAAAAAAAUGAGGCCACUUCUUUAAAAAGCAAAGACGACACAAAAGUUCUUCCAAAAGAAGAGAAAAAAACUAAUCAUAAAAAAGGAAAAAGUAUUGGGCAGCCUAUCGCAGAAGAGAAAAAAAUUGAAACUCCACAAGAGGUCCCUAAGAAAAUUGAAGAAGAAAAAACGACUCCUUGGAGCCAGCAAGUAGAUGAGGGAAAUGGAGAAACUGUUGAAGAAGAAACCAAACUAGUCAAACAAAAAUCAACUAAAAAAAUCGAAGAAACUAAAGCAAAAGCCCCAAAUAAGGCUGCUGGGAAAAAAUUGAAUGUUAAAGCUACAGUAAAAGGGGUUACUAAAAUUAUCCAUUUCAGCAGCACUGACUCUGCAGAAGAUGUUGUGAAAGAGUUCACCGAAAAAAACGAGCUCAGCAAAAAGGACAGGGAAAAUCUUUUGAAAGAUAUUACCCAACAGUUGAAGAAGAAAUAA